AUGCGGCUCAUCGCAGCCCUCGCGGCCCUGCCCGCUCUCGCCCUUGCGCAGACGGUCGACAUCACCGUGACCAAGGCGGUCGCAUGCACGCGCAAGACGCAGAGCGGCGACACCGUGUCGAUGCAGUACACGGGCACGCUCACCGACGGCACGCAGUUCGACUCCAACGUCGGCAGCGGGCGGCCGUUCGAGUUUACGCUCGGCGCCGACCAGGUUAUUGCCGGCUGGGACCAGGGCCUCCUGGGCAUGUGCAUCGGCGAGGCGCGCAGGUUGACGAUUCCGCCCACCCUGGCGUACGGCAGCCAGCGCGUUGGCCCGAUUCCGGCCGGCAGCACGCUCGUCUUUGAGACGGAGCUGCUGGGCAUCAAGGGCGUCGACGCCGAGCCCGUCGUGCCGGUCCUGUCCAGUGUGUCCAGUGUGCCCACGCCCACGCCCGCGCAUCUCGAUGAGGCGCCCCAGACCAACGCCUCCGACGUGCCCGCCGCGCCCGACGCGCUCGACGAGCCAGUCCCCACGCCGCCCCCCUCAUCAUCGCAGUCUGCAGCCUUCGCCGUCCCGACCGCAGCACCCUCCAGCAUCGCUGCGACCGGCAAGCACCCGCUCGACGGCGAGGACGGCACAGGCGAAUGCAACCUGCUUGGCGACUUCGCGCUGCUGGUCCAGGGCGCGCUGGGCCUGCUGGCCGUCUCCUCGCUGGCCGUCAAGCGCCUGCGCGAGCACCCGCGGCGGCCCAUGAAGAUCUGGUUCUUCGACGUGUCGAAGCAGGUGUUUGGCUCCGUACUGCUGCAUCUGGCCAACAUUCUCAUGUCCAUGCUAUCCUCGGGCCAGUUCGACCUCGCCGCGCAAACGCAGAGCGCCGGCGCCGCCGCCGUGGCCGCCGAGAAGGGCUCAGAGCCUAACCCAUGCUCCUUCUACCUCCUCAACCUCGCCAUCGACACAACAAUCGGCAUCCCGAUCCUCGUCCUCCUCCUAAAAAUCCUGCACCGCGCCUUCCUCCUCACCCCCCUCGCAUCCCCCCCAGAGUCAAUCCGGAGCGGCAACUACGGCCACCCGCCGCGCGCAACAUGGUGGCUGAAGCAGUCCAUCAUCUACUUCCUCGGCCUGAUGGGCAUGAAGCUGUGUGUGCUCGCGCUCUUCGCGCUGCUGCCGUGGAUCGCCUGGGUCGGCGACUGGGCCCUGCGCUGGACAGAGGGCAACACGGCCCUGCAGAUUGCCUUUGUCAUGUUCGUGUUUCCGCUCGUCAUGAACGCCCUGCAGUACUGGAUCGUCGAUGGCUUCAUCAAGGAUCCCGCGGGCCAGGAGAGCGGCUACCAAGGCCUUGGCGACGAUGAGGACGAGGGUGAGGGGGGCGAGGACGAGUGGCUUGAGAGACAGCGCGGGAGCGCGGGGGACCAUGAUGCGGCUGAGCAAGUGCGGAGGGGAAAGGAACCGCAUCUCGCCGUCUCACCGAGGGCGCAGUAUGACCCUGCCGUUGAUGGCGAGAGUAGCAGGGACUUGAGCAAGACGCGUGUCGAUUGA